GGCCCUUUGUUGAAGGACUCCCGAGAAAUUUGAUUAUCCAGAAGGCAAGAAUCAUCUAUAGCAGUCAAUUCCUCUCUUGACUGUUACAGAGAGAGAAGCACACCUCUGCUCGUGCCAUCCAGUGUUCCCGCGUUCUGAGAUUACUUUACUGAAAGAAAGCGUUCGUCCAGGUUGCCUCUGACGUUCACGUGGCAUGUUUCUCAUCUUUGCAACAGUUCUCUCUCUGCUUCGCUUCACAGGUUCCUUCGAGGUGACUGUCCCGCAGCGAAGGGUGUUGGCGGUGCUGGGUCAGCCGGUGGUUUUGGGGUGCAGCUACACUCCGGACCCCAAGGAGGGGCUGGACAGCCUGGUGGUGACGUGGCAGAGGUCAGAGGACCAGCAGGUCGUCCACAGCUUCUAUUAUGGGCGGAGUCAGCUGGACAAGCAGAGCCCGAACUACGCGGGCCGCACCGAGCUCUACCCCGCCCUGCUCCAGGCCGGGAACGCCUCACUGCGGCUGCAGCGGGUCGGCCCGGCGGACACGGGCCGGUACCUCUGCACCGUCAGCAGCCUACAGGGAUCCGGCAAGGGAGAGGUCCAGCUGGAGUACGCAGCACCUUACGCCGAGCCCAGGCUUAACAUCCAGGUGAAGUGUAGCAGCAUCAGCCUGCAGUUUGAGAGCGAGGGCUACCCGGCCCCCCAGGUCCAGUGGACGGGCACACCGGGGAAGAACCUGAGCACCCAGGAGGAGGUGUCCGGGCCCGGGGAGGAUGGGCUCUUCCUCCUGCGGACCAGCGUGACGGUGGAGGACCCCGGACCGGGAGUCAACCUCAGCUUCGUCCUGAAGAACUCCGCCCUGGGACAGGAGCUCCUGAGACCCAUCAGCUUCAGCCUGGCUCCAGGUGGCCUUGGAAAUUCGAUAGACGGCACCAGGUUGACCAUUGUGCUGCUGAUAAGCGCUCUGUGCCUGCUGGUGUGCCUGGGCCUGGCGGCCUUCGCCUACAUCCGCCGGCAGAGGACUUGAUAGCAGCCAAGGACACCGCAGAACGGCUCGCAGACACUCUUCAAGUCGGCGAGAGACGAGCUAUGUGCAGUCUGCUGGCUAAUGCCCCAUCCGUGCCAGGUAGCUUGCUUACAACAGUCGCAAAAAGCUGGGCUUAUUACUCCACAAAGAGUUUGGUGUAUUAGCACGAUAGCACACUAGCGCGUAAGAGCACUGCAAAUGUAGCCUGACAUUAGCACGCGCGAUUUCAGUAUUCUGUUGCAGCCGCCUGGAUCGGAGGCAACGGCACCGAAUGCUAAAAAGUUGUGCUAGCGCAGCCCAAAGCUCCACCUAGAAUUUCAUCCAAAAACGGAAAUCUAAUAGUCCUGAAAUAAUUAUUAUAUAUAUUAUAUAUAAUAUUAUAUAUAUUAUAUAUAAUAUUAUAUAUAUUAUAUAUAUAUUAUAAAUAUAAAAGUAUGUGUAAACUACUCACUAAGACAACUGCAGGUUCAACACAAUCACUAAACACAAAAGCAAUACAUUGUAACUGGCCAGAGAUUCAUAGAUGCGACAAACCGUGGUAUUUUCACCGCUUAGUUACUGUUGCUAUGUCAUCAAGCUGUUGCGAAGAAAGAGCGUGGAGCCAACAUGAUUCCACAGACAGAUCAGCAAUGAAAUGAAAUAUUGAAAUGAAAUAUUUGCAUGGAAUGGAAUACGUUAAUAAUAAACAUAAUCAACACUACUCAUGUGCUAUGUAGUUUACAUGCAGGUUUUGUUUUAGUUUUUUUUACAAAUACACGAACUAAUAUUUGUUUAUGAUAGAUCGGCAGCCAGCUAAGUCGAUCGGUUUUGCUGCUAACAUUGCUAGCUAGCUAGCUAUAAAUAGCCAAGUUCACUAUAUGUCAUCUCAAUUAAAUAUGCAUUUUUGUAAUGAAUAAAAAAACGGUCCUCCUUUUUUCUUGUAAUGUAUCGAAAAUUGGAAGUUGUGGUCCUUACAGCCAGCAUAUGUCACUUGAAAUAGCCUUAAUUUGUUUAACCAUAUAACAUGUAGCUGUCGUAUCCUAUUUAUGUGUUGAUCAUAUUGUGUUGUGCACAGACUCUUAUUAUUGGCGUUAAAGAGCUUCACCUGCUGACUGUUUAGUGUAAAUUCACGAGGUCGAUUGGUUGAAAGGUUGGUUGGGAGAGAGAACACAGAGUUUUCAUAGUUAGCUAGCAAGGUAAUAAUGAUAAUAAAAAUACAAAUAAUUCUCUACUCCUAGCUUUCUCGCAAACCAUUAUUAUUAUUAUUAUUAUUAUUAUUAUUAUUAUUUAUUUCAUUAUUAUUAUUUUUUUAUAGCUAUGAUUAUUUGUAAAUUUGAAGAGCCCAUCAUGAGUUUUUCUCAAUCUGUUCAAUACAAAGCAGUCCCAAAAGGGGCGGCCUGUAGCCUGGUGGUUAAGGUAAAUGACUGGGACACACAAGGCCGGUGAUUCUAAUCCCAGUGUAACCACAAUAAGAUCCGCACAGCCGUUGGGCCCUUGAGCAAGGCCCUUAACCCUGCAUUGCUCCAGGGGAGGAUUGUCUCCUGCUUAGUCUAAUCAACUGUACGUCGCUCUGGAUAAGAGCGUCUGCCAAAUGCCAAUAAUGUAAUGUAAUGUAAAGGUAAAUGAUGUAAACCAUGUAAUGACAUCACUCCGUGAUGUACGCGGGGGGCGUGGUCAGCACCAUGAAGAUUUGGGUUUUUUAUGGCACCGGAAACUUGAAUCGGCAAUUAAUUUCCUGAAUCGACUGAACCGAAAUCGAACCGACCACCUCGAUGUCGUAGCUCACACACAGGCCUGUAAAGUUAGAGGGCUACAAUUCCAAAACGGUUCACUCCGUAAAACCCUCACAUUAAAGUGCAGGCCGUCUGCUUUAAUUGCAUACAUUUAUCAUAUCAAAGUGUAGACUGUCAGCUUUAAUUUGAGGGAGCAUACAUCCAUAUGGAGUGAGUCAUGUAGGAAAUUACAACCCUUUAAAAUGGCUACGGAUCUUAUUUGAAGUGUGGCUGCAGUUGAAAAUAUAGUGAUAGGAGUCAUCAGAAAUGGAUAGCAUUGUGGUGAUGGUGAGGCGCUCCAGGUGUGCACUGUAACUUAUUUAUCCGCUGAACAGGUAUGGGCAUAUAUAAUUUAACCCUAUUCAUCACUUCAAGCUGGCCUUAUUGUUUUUUUUCUUUAUGACUUUACUCUCUUUUUGUUUUCCUUUGAAGGAGAGCAGACACUGCUCAUAUGCAAAAGGUGUGUAAAGAUCAUAUAUGUUAUCACAUUUUGUUAGUUUGUUUCACUACUAAAUAUGGUGAAUGGCAAAUUGGUUGACAUUUAUAUAGCAUUUAGGGGUUAGGUGUCUUGUAUCAUGUAAUCAUGUAAGAAAAUCAAGCAUGAUACAGUUCUAUAACACAAAUGUAUUUGAUAUUUCAUCUUCCUUAAAUGUUUUUUGAAAAUGCUGCACAUUGUCUUUUUCUUCUAAAGGAGUUUGUGGGUAAACGUGGCCUCCAUUACGAUCUGUCAAAGAAAUGUGUGGCCUCAGGAUUUCACAGAGCUUCUCCUCACUGAUAGUGUCAGGGGCCAAUUUACACAACCUUGUUGAAGAAGCAUCUUAAAAACACAAGCAUUACCACAACACUGUUACUUACACCUGAAGGUCUAACAAUCUGAUACAGACUGUGUUAUUUUUAGACACAUUAAAUAAUAUAUGUAUCUCAUGUAUUGUGUGAUUGGUAAGGUUACCAGGACCGUAUUGCACUCUUUUAUGUCUGAUGUGCUGAUGUUCUAGACUGACUGAACUUUUUUGUAUUUUUAUUGUCAUCAUUUUUCAUAAAAGCAUCUGCCAAAUAAAUGUAAUUUAUACAUA